AUGAGUGAAAACCCUAGUGGAAAUAACAACGGCGGUGGAGGCAGCAGCAGUGGAAGCAGUGGCGGUGCUGCUGGUGGAGGAGGUGGACCAUGUGGGGCAUGCAAGUUCUUGAGGAGGAAGUGUGUGGCUGGGUGCAUAUUUGCGCCCUAUUUUGAUUCAGAACAAGGUGCAGCACACUUUGCAGCUGUACAUAAGGUGUUUGGAGCCAGCAAUGUGUCUAAGCUUCUUCUGCACAUUCCGGAAAACAAGCGAGUGGACGCGGUGGUUACGACAUAUUAUGAGGCUCAGGCGAGGCUUAGAGAUCCCGUCCAUGGCUGUGUUGCCCACAUCUUUGCCCUUCAACAACAGGUGGCGAAUUUGCAGGCUGAGCUCACUUACUUACAAGCUCACCUCGCGGCGCUGGAGCUUCCAACACUACUGCCGCAACCACUACUAGUACCACCUGCCACCCUAUCUAUAUUCGACUUGCCAACAGCGCCACCAACUUAUGAUUUAUCAUCACAGUUUGAUCCAAUAAUGACAAUGCUGCCAACGCAAAUUGAUCAUCGUCUAUUUGGUGCCACCAGAGGUCCGCCUGAGAUAUCAUCAUCAGCUAGAGGAGGCGGCGAUCUUCAAGAACUGGCAUGUGAACUACUGUACAGACGGGGGCCUCCAACAGUGUCAUGCUCAGAAGCUUCAUCUUUGCCAGCCCACUCUAAAGGAAACUGA